GAAGAGGGUUAAUGUGAACAAGUCCUUGUUCACUAUUUGCUAUUGAAUAUAGGAUGUGAAAUUCACUAAAGACAAUUCCACACAAACUUCAUCCCUCACUUUUAAUUACCUAUUCACCGGUUCUUCACUACCUUGCUGGUAUCGCUUGCUGAUAAAUUUUCAGUUCAUGGUGAUCAACACAAUCAAUUAUCUUAACCAAUUUUUCGGGCGCAUCCCACCACUUCAUAAACAACUUAGUUCUAAAUAUUCCAAAAGCCAUGGAGUAUACAGAGAAAAUAGGUCCUGGCAACAAGAGACUGUCCUUGAGACGGUCUAUUGUAGGGUCGAUCAAACGAUCUUUGUCUCCUCUAUCUCGAAAAUCCGACUCUCCAACAACAUCUCAGACCAGUGGCUGCUCUGUUGAGUCAACUCACAGAUCUUUGUCCUCAGUCAAAGGUCAAUCUCUGCCAGCUAGUAUCUCAUCGAAAUCUAGCAGGUUCAAGAAAUCCAAGUCUUUAUCUCCUAGCAGUCAUGUUGUCGUUCAACCCACUGAAAUAUUGUCUUCACAGGAAGCUCAAUUGCCUCCUAAUAUUUCAUCAUCAGAAACCAAAUUGCGCACGUCAAGGCCCUUUUCUUUCAGCAACAGAAUAUCUGUGCAAUCUAUGCAGGAGAUUUUCUCGCCAAAGAAAGAUAUCCCAACUCGUGCAGCAUCCACUACAAGCAAACUUAAGAGAUCUCUUUCCACUAGCUUCUUUAACGAUAAUAAACAAUCUAUUCAAUCACUCAAGGAUGUUCCUUCACAAGAAAACAAUCAGUUCCUUCCAACUCAAACGACAUCUUUGGCUGAAUCGCGCCUUCCUAGGAAACUUCAUUCUGCCUUGACAACUCCCAAUAUUCGAUCCUCUAUUCAAUCUAUAAGGGAACUUCAAUUACCGGAGAAAGAUGUUUCACUUCAAACUCGAGCAUCAUCUACAUCUAGCAGAUGUUCUACAGGAGUGUGGGUGCCACCGAUGAUGAAUCAGGCAAAACUGAAAUCCGAACAAUCCCCUUUGCCCCCAACUACAAAACGGACAUCAGUAGUUUCAUUUCAAAUCCCAGAAGGGGUCCAAGUCAGCCCCUCGCAGAAUGAUAUGUUAUUAACUCUUCAGCCUCCAUCAAAUUCAAGCAAGUCUAAUCGCUCAAGUUGGCUAUCUGUGUCUCGCACCUCGUCUACAAAGAGCAAAAAACCUUCUCAACCUUCAAGACUCCAGCGUUUAGCAUUAGGGCCCGGUAGAGAAACCUCAAGAUCUCAACAAAACUACAUCUCGACGACUGCCAAAGAGACUACCCUUCCUUGGGAUCCUCCCUUCGACAGAAACUGGGACCUUUGUGCCAACGAUGGCGUGCCUAUGGAUCCUGAUAAGAGUUUCGAGCAUUGCCUUCCACCCCGACCGAACAACAGUUUCUCUCCAUUUUUUGAUAUGCCUACCAAAGUUCGUCGUAAGAUAUACUCUUACUGUUUGCCUAGUAGCACAAAUAUCAUGAUAUCUCUAUCUCCUGAAUUUGCGUGGAGAAAUUGUUACCAUGAUUACUACUUCACUUCACCAUGGAACGUUCUUGAAAUGGUUUCUGGUGCAUUGGCGUCUUUCAGCCUCAUGAGAAAUGAUUUAAUGACCUACUUUUGGACCGAAUAUCAAUUUCAUGUUACCUUGACUCCAUUUUGCAGCUCGAUUUUCACUCCGCUCUCGAGUAUUUGGUUGCCCAAAUUUUUGAAUAGGAUUCAGCACCUCACAAUUGAACUCGACCUUACUCGAUUUGGUGGCAAUGCACUCAAGUUUGCUAGGCGCUUUGGGUACAACAUGGAAACAAUGGAGAGUCUUCUACUCGAUCUUGUCAGUGGUUUGAUGGAACGACGUGGUAGGAUGUCUGAGCUUACUCUAUUGUGUCGACGUUUCAAUGGUUAUCGUCCAGUUGAUGAAAAUGAUCCCGAUUGGAAGGCAGAUGAAUCGUUUGAAUACUUUCCGAAGGAAGCUAUGCAGUUUUGUGAUGCAAUCAUAAACCUUCGUGGCACUGUGAAAUCGGUCAGAAUCGCCGGAUUUCCUCUAGAUUAUACCCGAACUUUACUGGAAUCUAUGUUCGGCCAAGGGGAAACCUCGCGUCAGUUCAUUGUCCCGGAUCGAUCUGCUUGGCCACCACUUCCGCAACAAUAUUCAGGCACAAAGUAUACACCAGAUCUAUAUAGUGCUUCUAUUUCUCAGAUGUCGCCACAAUUUCCUAAUUAUCAGGAAAGUCUCCAUAGUCCAUGGUUGUACGAGGCGUCAGUCUACUCUCUUGAACGCCCUGAAAACAACAAUGAUUUCCCGGUGAGACCAGAUACUUCGCUGUCUGUUACAACAGUUGGUGACCACGUCAAACUGUAUCAGGAAUUUUUCUCACCAAUCACUUCGACCGACCCAUCUCACAGCCCUGUAGAACAUUUAUUAGAUUCGACCGGGGACUCUGCGGUGACCUAUCAAGUUAUGGAAGCGGAAGAUCGUAACAACUCGAAACGACACAUGAAAAAGCUGAACCCACGGAAUUCCAGAGAUUUUAGUCCUGGUCACUUCUAUCGUCAGUCGAAAGAAGAUCCCGAGGCGGAUUUGUAUAGUCAAGAAGAACAAACAUCGAACAUCGCCGUAAUUAACCCAAUUCAACAAGGAUCAGACAAUGCAUGUGGCAGUCAGAAGACAGAUCAAAAUGAAGUUCUUCCUUGUGUAGAAGAUAGUCAUCGACCAGUCUACAACGAGAAAGAAAAACCAUUACCUAAGACCCCGAAUCUGUCAAGCAAAAGAAGAUCGCAAUUUGGUGAAAGACAAAUGCCUGAUAUUCCCGAGAGCCCUGUGAACACAACUCGCAUUCGCCUGCAUACUUCCACCGCUGAAAUUAGACCAGGAACACUAAAAGCAUCAAGUGAUCUCCACUUGAAACGCGUCCGGGCUCACAUAGAAAAGUCGACAUCAGGAAGCAAUGAAGGCUAUACCAAGCCUCCACCCCUACCAUCUCCUACCAAAGUUACUAAAGCAGAAACUUCUACCAAGUCUAACGGCAAUAGUCUUAUUGAAGCCUCCUCAAGUGAUCCUAGACCAGAGGGCUCGAAAUAUUGCAAUAAUUCUAGUUCAACUCACUCAUCUCCACAAAAUUGCAACAAUAAUACGCAGGAUUCAGUUCCCGAAACACCAAUCGACCGAAGUCUACUCCGCACACCUUCACCACCUGCAAGAUCAGUCACAGUCACCUCUCCCAAUACGCUGAAUAGUAUGAAUGAACGAGACCCCAAAUAUAUUUUGAGCAUUCGAGCUCUUCGAUCUGCCUCUACAUCGACCGAAAGUGUCAUUAGAGCUCCAGCAAAAGUUCAUCGGCCAGUUUCCUUAGCAUAUCCAACGACCUGGUCAGGUGUACCUAUGAUCUCUGCAGGAACUCCUCCCAGAAGUUUCACGAGCACCGGACCGCAGACACAAAGAGGCGAGUCUGCCGAAUCGGAUUCUAGGAGAUUGAGAUUCUUGGGUUGGAUGCGACGAAGUGGAUAGGUUGGCGGAAUGUUCUUAUGAUAUUCAUUUGUUUCUGUAUGCUGGACGAUGAUCGGGCCUUGGUUUACUGCAGUGGCCGAGUUUGUAUCUUAUGAUCAUGACAUUGGAGCGUCUGUUAAUUGUAAUGUUUUCUGUCCUUUGAGUAUAGAUGGAUCUUCAAAAGCUACAAAUCCAAAAUAUAACCUUAAGGAAACA